CGUAUAAAUUCCCGUCGACAGAUCAGGCAGGUGCAUACCGAAACCAAAUACGAAUAGCUUUGACGCAAGCAAGCAGCAGAGGCAAAGCAAAAUUAAGGUAGCAGUUUGAGUACGCACAAGCUAAUAAGAUGGGGCACCAAGAACAACAAGAAGUGAUCCCGCUGAUGACCCCGUACAAGAUGGGGCAUCUCGAGCUCUCCCACCGUGUGGUGCUCGCGCCGAUGACGCGGUGCCGGGCAGACCGGAGCGGCGUGCCGCAGCCGCACGCCGCCGUGUACUACUCGCAGCGCGCCACCAGGGGCGGCCUGCUCAUCACCGAGGGCACGAGUGUGUCUCCCACCGCGCAGGGCUUCCCGGGGUCCCCUGGCAUCUGGACGCCCGAGCAGGUCGCGGCGUGGAAGCCCAUUGUCGACGCCGUCCACCGCAAGGGCGCGCUCUUCUUCUGCCAGAUUGCGCACGCCGGAAGGGCCUCAACCAACGAUUUUCAGCCAGACGGUGAAGCGCCGAUCUCGAGCACGGACACGCAGCUCCCCGCUGACGCCGAGUCCGGCACGGUGUUCUCCAAGCCACGCCGGCUGCGGAGCGACGAGAUCCCAGGGAUCGUCGGUGACUUCAGACGUGCCGCACGGAACGCGAUUGAGGCCGGGUUCGACGGCGUGGAGAUCCAUGGAGCACAUGGGUUCCUUCUGGAGCAGUUCAUGAAGGAUGCCGCGAAUGACCGCACCGACGAGUACGGUGGCAGCGUGGAGAACCGGUGCCGCUUCGUGGUUGAGAUCGUCGACGCUCUGGUCCACGAAGUCGGCGCGUGUCGGGUUGGCAUUAGGCUCUCCCCGUUCGCGGAUUACAUGGACUGUGCGGAUUCUGACCCCAUGGCACUCGGUGACUACAUGGUGCGACAGCUGAACAAGCACGAGGGGUUUCUCUAUUGCCACAUGGUAGAGCCUCGGAUGUCCAUCGUGGAUGACCGUAGGCAGAUUCCGCAUAGACUGCUACCGUUCAAGACGGUGUUCAGUGGCACCUUCAUUGUCGUUGGUGGUUAUGACAGGGAGGAAGGAAACAAGGUGGUUGCCGAGGGCUACGCGGACCUCGUCGCAUAUGGAAGGCAUUUCUUGGCCAAUCCGGACCUAGCGAAGAGGUUUGAGUUAGAUGCGACCCUGAAUAAAUAUGAUCGCUCUACCUUUUAUACACAAGACCCUGUCAUUGGCUAUACGGACUAUCCUUUUCUUAGCGACGACAGCAAAGAUUUACCUGCUCAAGAUUAAUUGUAUGGAUGAUCGGUUUAAUCACAGUUGGUGCACGAGAUCCAUACUUCUCUGUCCAUUACAAUAUAUAUGUAAGGUGCAUUGUUUUUGUUUUAAGUUAAUAUUUGUUAUGUUUGACCAAAUUUAUAAAAGAAAGUACAAUAUACACUAUAAAGACAUUGCAAAUGUCACUAACUCACUAUAGUUGUUCAGGGUGGAAUUUGAUGUUGCAAAUGUCAAAACUAAAGAAGUUUUACUUAUUCUUUCUAUUCUUUUUUUAAAAAGAGUUAUGUAUUGCUGUUUAGAUUGCAGCAGUGAGAUGAUAAAUACAAUUGUAGUGGAGUUGUAUCA